AUGUCCUUAAUUACGGACAGCCCAAUUGCAAUGUAUCAGAUCAAGUACCAACACAAAUCUACCCAGCAAGAUGAUACUGCAGAGUACGGCCAUGUGGAACAAGCCAUUAAGUCUUUGAAUGGACGUGUCCAUGAUAACAAUAGCAAAGAAGCAAUGUGUCGCAUCUGUCGGGCUGCUUUUGCGCACAACAAAGGAAAUAUCAUUGGUCCAUCAUUGGCAUCAUUUCUGACGCGAAACAAUUCCAGAUUUUAUUUCUCGCACCAAUUUAUUUACUGUCCAUUUCGGUUGUUGCAGAAGGAUCAAAUGCAAUCUACCUUGAAGGUUACUGCCAGCGGGAAAUGUUACUUUGAGAAUCAAGCCCUCCAUUAUCUUUGUCGCCAUGAUGAUUUGAAUAAUGUGUGUGUCAAAGAAUUCUUUGAGCGAUAUGAUGUGAAGUCAAUGUCAUCAAGGAAGCGAUCCAGAAAGCAGGAUAAUGGCAAAUGGCCUUUCAAGGCUGACACAGGAUAUUUUGUGCACCCAUCCACUGAAAGGGAUGAUGAGGGCCACCCUAUGAAUCACAAUAGCGAAGGCGUCGUGGAGCGUGCAAAUUGUGGUUUCAUUCAAGUACCCCAAUGGAUGUUCUGUGAUACUGCCAAGUUCAACUGUGAUAUGUUUCAAUGCACCGAUGGAGAGUUGAACCAUGCAAUGGAUGACUAUGCGAAGACAGUACUUGCAAUGUUGCUUCCGCAUAGAUGUUUGUCGGAUAUUAAAGUGAGAAAUGCAAGAACUGACUAUCCAUUUGCAGAGAAGUUGUGUGAAGUACAUCAGCAGGACUCCUUCAGGAAGAUACAGAACCAGCCACCAAUUCUGUUCAGUGAUGAAAACUGUGAGUUUCUGCAAAACAUACAGAACUCUGCUUACAAUAGCCUUCGUUACAAGAUGGGCGGUGAUGACUUAAGCCGUAACACAGAGCCUUACAGGCCGAAAGAUCAUUCAGAUGACAAUUUUGAGGAAGACGAAGAAGGCAAGGAAGAGGAAGGGCCCACAAUCCCAGAGAAAUCCUAUGAAGAUGUUCUUAAUGGCCUUAAUACUGCAACUCGGAAUGAUGAAGACGACCAGUACCUAUCACAGACGUUACGAGGAUUCAACUUCACUGACAUUCGCAAAAAUGGUGCUGACAACUGUGAAAUUGACCCAAAGCUACCCACUCCAGAGCGGACUGAAGAUGUGGCAACACAAGAAGAUACUUUCGUGAAGGUCUAUGUCAACUUCAAUGUGGAAGGUGGCACAUUCCGGUUACAGGAUAAACCACCAACACCACGCCUGAGGGAAUUGGUCGAGGUCUUCUUGACUAAGAGGACAUCUAGAAUCAGAGCUCAAGUUUUUGAGAGAAAUCCUGAAGCAGAAAUCAUCGAAGCCAAUGGCAGUGUCAAUAGCAUUCUUGAGUGGGCGAAAGCUGCCCAACUUGACCAAGUGCAGAAACGAGCAUUUGAAUGCAUUGUGGUAUCUUUCCUGUUGACUUUCUACAAUGAUGCUGGCGAGUUGGAUGUUGAAGAUGCUACGGUGGAAUCUUUGAGCAAGCAGAAGUGCCGUUGCGUGAAGCUGAACUUGAGGAAAUUGAAGGGCGGCAAAGAAUCUCAGCUAAUCUGUCUUGUACAUGGUCCUGGUGGCAGUGGGAAGAGCACUGUUAUCAAUUUGGUAAUUGCCUACGCACGCGAGUACUGUGAACUCAUUGAACAUCCUUUUACAGACCGCACCAUCGUUGUGUGUGCAAUGUCUGGUGUCGCAGCGACACUUCUUCAUGGGGAAACGUGGCACAGUGCAGCUGGCGCGAAUCGAAGCAAGAAAAACGUGGCGGACAAUCUGUGUGACGAAUGGAAAGAUACUCGCAUGGUAAUUAUUGACAAGAUCUCUUUUGCUUCCGAGACAGACUUCAAGAAGAUGUACGAGUACACUCAGAUUUUGAAGGAAAACAAAUUCUCGCCUUUCGGUGGUUUGAAUAUGGUGUUCGCUGGCGACUACUCGCAGCUGGAACCUGUCGGGCGCGAUCCCAUCUACAAGCAUGGGGACGAACUUCCGGAGUUUCACAUGCAACUUAACACCUACAUUGAACUUGACGGACGUCACAGGUUCCGUGAUGAUCCCGAAUGGGGGAACCGGUUGUUUAAAUUCCGAGAAGGAGAAGCCACGGAAGAAGACAUUGACUACAUCAACACACACUGUCUAAUCAGUCCUCAAAAUAUUCCUCCAAGCGACAUUCAAGUUGCCUGUUAUGGGAACAAAGAACGUGAUGCCAUCAACACCGCUGUCUUUGAGGAAUACUGUAAGAACAAUCAACCAGUUGACGGUAGCGUUUUCAAGGGGGCAGUAAUGAUUUUCAUGGACGACUUGCAGAUGGCAAAUCAGGGUGGAAGCCUAGUUUAUGUGAGAAGCAAUGCAGUCAAGCGUCACUUCUUUUCUACAUGCGGAGAAUCAAGCUUUUAA